GCUAUUUGUCAUGUGUCAUGAAUGAAUAAUAUAAAUAAAAAUAUCCAAAAGUAAUGGAAUAUUUGUAUAUGGAAAUAAUUUUAAUUUAAUCACUACACUGUAAUGCAAGAUAUUUAAGCCAGUUACGUAUCAAUUUUCAAAUGGUUUAAAAUGAUGCGGAGAAAAAGAAAGUGGAAAAUUAAAAAAUGAAGUCGACCACUCUCAUCUAUUCCAUUAUAACGAUUUAUUUUUCGACCAAUUUUAUGAUCUCGUCAGAAGUAGUGAAUAAGAACGACGACGAUACUGUCGUCGAAGGAUUUAUAGAAUCACCGAUUUGUUGUAAUUUGACAACGGAGAGAGUGGAGCUUAAUUAUACCUCUAAAAUCGUUGAAAAUGAGUACAUAGUAAUGUUUAAUGGAUACUACAAAGACCAAGCUAGGAUAAAUUAUAUAAAUACAGCACUGAAUGCAUCAGGAAUACGUAAAUGGAAGAUUCUUAGCCGAGAAAACCCUGCAAGUGAAUAUCCAAGUGAUUUUGAUGUAGUCAUUAUUGAAGAUUCUGAAAAAUUGGAAGGGUUGAACGCUUUGAAUGAACAUCCGGCUGUUAAGAGGGUGACUUCCCAACGUAUGGUAUCUAGAACACUUAAAAUAAGCCCUCCACAGAAAAUAGGAAGGAAUAGUCUUAAUUCUAAGAAUCAAUUUAGGCAUAAUAACCGUAGAUUGUUAAGAGCUAUACCUAGGCAAAUAACAUCAGUACUACAGGCCGAUUCUCUUUGGAACAUGGGCAUUACUGGAAAGGGCGUACGAGUCGCGAUAUUUGAUACAGGUCUAUCAAAAAACCAUCCUCAUUUCAAAAAGAUUAAAGAACGCACCAAUUGGACCAACGAAAAGACCUAUGAUGACGGUUUGGGACACGGGACGUUUGUAGCCGGGGUCAUAGCGUCCAGCAAAGAGUGUUUAGGUUUCGCUCCAGAUGCAGAAUUACAUAUUUUCAGAGUUUUUACUAAUAAUCAAGUGUCAUACACUUCUUGGUUUUUGGACGCUUUCAACUACGCCAUUUUGAAGAAGAUUAACGUAUUGAAUUUGAGUAUAGGUGGGCCAGAUUUUAAGGAUCACCCGUUCGUAGACAAAGUUUGGGAACUUACUGCUAAUAGGGUCAUCAUGGUCUCUGCUAUCGGUAACGAUGGCCCCCUGUAUGGUACUUUAAACAACCCAGCGGAUCAAAUGGACGUCAUUGGAGUAGGUGGUAUAAAUUUCGAAGAUCAGAUUGCAAAAUUUUCAUCAAGAGGAAUGACUACAUGGGAGCUUCCUCAAGGUUAUGGCAGAGUAAAACCCGACAUAGUCACGUACGGUUCUGCCGUGAAAGGUUCCCACAUCAAAGGGGGUUGUAGAACGCUUUCCGGAACAAGCGUAGCGUCUCCUGUGGUAGCAGGAGCUGUAACUUUAUUGGCCAGCGGUGUGAUACAUCGUGGUGACGUUAUUAAUCCUGCUAGCAUGAAACAGGCUUUGAUGGCGUCGGCUAGGAGGUUGCCGGGAGUGAAUAUGUUUGAACAGGGACAUGGGAAGUUGAAUUUAAUGAAGGCUUAUCAAAUUUUGAAUACUUAUACGCCGCAGGCCAGUCUCAGUCCGAGCUACAUAGAUCUCAGCGAAUGUCCGUACAUGUGGCCAUAUUGUACCCAGCCGCUCUACCACACCGCCAUCCCGCUUAUAGUCAAUGUAACAAUACUCAAUGGUCUCGGUGUAACAGGACGCAUUGCAGGCAAACCGCAGUGGUACCCGUACACGCCACAACAAGGCCAUUUACUUGAGGUGGCCAUCACUUACUCGGAGAUGUUGUGGCCUUGGUCCGGCUGGAUGGCAGUCCAUUUAUCCGUGACUAAGGAGGGGGCGGCAUACGAGGGGUACGCUCAGGGGCAUGUGGUGGUGACGGUGGAGAGCCCUCCCGGAAAUGGGGAGACUGAAGUGAGGCAAAGUACUGUCAAAUUGCCUGUACGGGCCAAAAUUAUCCCUGUACCGCCGAGACACAAACGAAUACUAUGGGAUCAGUACCACAAUUUGAGAUAUCCUCCUGGUUAUUUUCCGAGGGAUAACCUCAAAGUGAAAAACGACCCGUUAGAUUGGAACGGCGAUCAUAUUCAUACCAACUUCAAGGAUAUGUAUCAGAAUUUGAGAAAUACCGGAUAUUACGUGGAAGUUUUAGGAUCACCGUUUACCUGCUUCGACGCCUCCCAAUACGGCACCCUCCUUAUCGUCGACCCAGAGGAGGAAUUCUUUCCUGAGGAAAUAAUGAAAAUAAAACGCGAUGUUGACUCCGGUCUCUCGGUUAUCGUAUUCGCCGAUUGGUACAACGUGACAGUCAUGAAAAAGGUCAAAUUUUAUGACGAGAACACGCGACAGUGGUGGAUGCCCGACACAGGUGGCGCUAAUGUUCCGGCGAUAAACGAGCUGUUGGCAUCGUGGGACGUGCAAUUGGGCGACAGAGUGUUCGAAGGGAAGUUCAAAUUAAAGGAACACGACGUGUAUUACGCGUCUGGAACUAGUAUCCGAACGUUCCCGAAAGAUGGCAUUGUGAUAGCUAAGAAUUUGAUCGAUCAGGGAACUGAGAUAUUGGGCGAACCAGAUACCACUCAAUACAAAAUCCCAAUUUUGGGCCUGUUCCAAACAAAAUCUACCGAAAAGAAGAGCGGCAGAAUUAUCGUCUAUGGCGAUUCCAACUGUAUCGAUUCCAGUCAUCUAGACAUUGCCUGUUAUUGGCUCUUGGACGCCAUGUUGGAAUACACCUCAACAUCACACUUGCCCUCAGUAUUCAAGGAUAACCAACUGUUAGUCUGGGACGGAGUUGCUGAAACGGAAACACCCCACAGGAUGGAGGGGAAUCGGCUAUAUAGAUAUUCAAAUGUACUGGAGAAGAAUUUGGGCGAGGCGCAGGCCAGGCCGAUACCUCAGUGUCCGCAUUUGAUGUGGGCGCACCCGAUACCGCUUAACGUUUCAGCUCCUACCAACCUCUAUCAGUCUCAAAAGUUAUUGUCACUCAUCGAAGAGGUGAAUAUUGUGUUGCCGGUUGAUAAUAAUAUUAAAGAAUAACUAGAUGAAUAAAAAUGUGUCCAUUUAUUAAAUUAUAAUACAAAUGUAUAGAUAGAAAAUUUGUUAAAAAAAAUGAGAAAAACAAAAAUAUAGUACAGAAAAAGCUAUUAUAGUACGAAUUACCAACUUCGUCGGCGUAAUUGAAAAUAAGAUUAAUCGUGUGUUGUGUAGAUGCGUCUGGCAUCGACGGCAAAGGCGAAUUCAUCGAAUGGAGUUGGCGCAACAAACCGGCCGCCAACAAAUUCGGUGGGAAAGCGGAAAGUUUCGACCUCACCAUGACUCUUCUGGUGUUUCUGUCGCUGAUUGUGAUCUACUAUAGCAUCAAGUGGUACAAACCCAAACCAAAGAAGCGGAAGCUGUGCAAGCGAUUGCUCUCGAUCAUUCAUUGUAGACGAUCGUCGACCGUUUGAGAUUUUUUCUUUACGAUUUUAAUUUUCUGAUUUAUAAUUGGAAAUUUAUUCUUAAGUGCAAUAUUCGGUAUUAGUGGUAUAUAAUAAUGGUUCGCAAAUUUGAUUUUUUUGUAG